UCUCGUGUGUGGGACAGCAACUGGUCUUCUCUCUCCUCCCGGGCAAGCCUUAAAGGUACCAUCAUGGCAGACACUGAGGAAGUUGUGGAGGAAUACGAGGAAGAAGAAGUUGAGGAGGAAUAUGAGGAAGAAGUUGAGGAGGAGGAAGAGGACAAAGGGUCCAAACCCCAGCACAAGACGGCGUACGUGCCCAACAUGGCUCCCCCAAAGCUCCCUGGUGGCGACAAGGUGGAUUUUGAUGACCUGCACCGCAAGAGGCUGGAGAAGGACUACGGUGACCUCCAGGGCCUCAUAGCGCAGCACUUUUCCAGCCGUCAGAAGGAAGAGGAGGACCUAGUCGCCCUGCGUAACCGCAUCGAAGGCCGCCGGGCCGACAGGGCCGAGCAACAGCGCAUCCGGGCGGACAAGGAGCGCGAGCGGCAGGCGCGGCUGGCCGAGGAGAAGGCCAAGCGCGAGGAGGAGGCAGCCAAGAGGGCCGAGGAGGAGGCCAAGAAGAAGAAGACCUUCUCCAACAAGUCGUUCGGGGGUUACAUGCAAAAGGCGGACCAGAAGCAGGGCAAGAAGCUGACGGCGCGGGAGGAGAAGAAGAAGGCCCUGUUGGAGCGCAAGAAGCCCCUCAACAUCGACCACCUGAACCAGGACAAGCUGGCGGAGAAGGCGCAGGACCUCUGGCAGUCGCUCCACCUGCUGCACGCCGAGAAGUUCGAUUUGGCCGAGAAGCUCAAGAUCCAGAAGUACGACAUCCACGUGCUCCGAAACCGAGUCAGCGACCAUCAGAAGUUCUCCAAGUCCCGCGGAGGCAGAGGCAAGACCGGCUCCAGGAAGUGAAGGCCGGGAUCCGUGUAAACCGGAGAUCCACGCCCCUCGCGCCCGGACUGUUUGCUGUCAGUUUUCAACUAGAGAAGUCGUGAAAUCCAUCCCAGGAACUGUGUGCAGACUGAGAGGAGCCUCUCUGAAGUCUCAGGGGACCCAAGUGUACCGACAGAAACAACUCGGUGCAGGAGUCACAGCAGUAACUGUUUUGUGUGCCAUUUUUGCUCUUUGCUAAUAUUUUCACUUGUGAAACACAUCCUGAACAACAUGCAUGUUCAGAAACCUUUUUCCCAACGAGAUAUUCAUUUCCUUUCUAUUCUCAAUAAAUGUUUGUUUCCAGGUAACAAAACCUGUGUAAUUGACGGAUACUUCCAGGUGUCUCAGAAAGCCCGUGUUUGUUAUAUUUAUGUAAUCUUGACUGCUCUGCCCCCUGCACUAAAACCUCCUGUAACUUGCCCCUGAGCGGGGGUUGUUGGCAGGGUCACGUCAGCACCCCUUAAGCCAAACAGGUGCUGCACAGCUGAUUCUUCUUUCUUUCACAAGGCUAAUUUAGGCUCCAUCAGGGCCAGGGGGACUUAUUGAUUUAUUUUGGGAAACAAGAAGAGAGUCAAACAUAAAGAGGGGUAUAAACUUAAAUGUUUUUAGGAAAAGCGUUCAUGAUAAAACUUUUUUUUUAAUGUCUGAAACAACUGUGACGCUUUGCUUGUCUGAAUAAUCUAAAUGGGCUAUUAUAUAAUCUGAAGUGACUCAUGAAGCAUACGAGGCGAUGUUAAGAGAAUUUAUAAUUGUGUCUACCCAACAACAAGACAAAUAUAUAAUCAUUCAUUGUAGCUCACAAAACAAAGCAACAUUUGCUAUUUCACCUUGUAAUUUUUGCUUUUAUACAUCAAAUCAUGGACUGAAGAUAAGAAUCCCAAAAGUUUAUUUAAAACAAACUUUACAUCAAAGUGUUUUUUU